AUGACCCGAGGCGACUACCGUCGUUUUGGUGGAUACAUCAAUAACGGUCACUACUACCCCUACUACUACUCUUCCUUCUACGGUUCAGAUUCGCAUAGCGGAGGCUGUCACGACGGUAGUGGAUUUGGAGGCGGCGGAUACAGCGGAAGUAGUAGCAGAUACAAUCAUCAUCACCACCACCACCACUCAGGUGGUGGGGCAACCGGCGGAACAACGAGCGGGGGACACUUAGGCGGUGGCGGUGGCCACAGCGCCAUGGACGCCACCUUCAUUUGGAAGCUCAGCAAACUCGGACGAAUCGGCUCUUCCCGUCUGCGCUUCGAUGAUGACUUCGCCGAUCGACUCAACUAUCAAUUCUCCGGUGUGCUCAUGUUCCUCUUCAUUGGAGUAAUAGGCAUUCGACAAUAUGUCGGUAUGUUCCCACUUUCUUUAUUUCAGUUAUAUUCUUUAAGUUUCAAGAUUUUCAAGCCCAUAUUUUGA